AUGUCUUUGAGAUCUGUUAUGAGUGUUGAUGAUGUGAAUUCUGAAAUCAAUUUUGAAGAUGAAAAAUACAAAAACAAAGCAAAAGCUGGUCGCUUAAAAAUUUUUAAAUAUCUUAAGGAUAAUGGAGCAAAUUGUUGUAUUUUUGACCAAGUGAUCGGUCCUUCAAUUUUCGGAAAAUAUGGAAGCGUUCCAUUCUUUGUUAUGGUCAGAUAUUGGAGUAAAAAUAAUACGAGAAAUAUAGAUGACAAAUAUGAUGAAUACUGUAACGAUUAUCGUGAAAAUUUUCCAGAUAAUUUUACAAAAUUUUAUUUUUGUCCACCCGAUGAAACACCAUACAUAAAGUACAAAAAUAUCCAUUUUAACUCUGAAUGUGAUGAAGGGUUUGAAUAUUAUGUACAAAAUGAAGAUGACUUACUGGAUUUGUUGAUUUUAGAAAAUGAUAACCAGCAAGUGCUUUCCCAAAAUUCAUCGGUUUCCGCUCCAUCACAAGAAAGAAAUCAAGAUAACAUCAUCACAGAUUCAUUCAAAAAUCUAGCAAGCUUUGAAUAUUGUAUAUCAGUAACAUAUAAAAUGCGGUUUGAUCCUUCUGAAAAUGACAUCAUUGACUACCGUGGGUUUGACUAUUUUGGUAAAAGGAAUCAGCAAUAUUUUGCAAUUAGAGAUGAACGUAAUCAUAAUGUGCAAAAUGAAGCUGACAUGCGCACUCAUUUGAAUGAUUUUAAUAGAAUAUUUAAUACUAUAUUUAAUAAUGAGGAU